GAACCUCUGGAAGUCAUGAUUCAGUAUGGUAAAGAUUAUGAAUUUGAUGCUCCAGUGAAGCUCCUAGAAAAACAUCUACAUGCUAUGGCACAAUCUGUUGAUGAGCAACUUCUUGUUAUUGCUUUCAAUGAUAAGCCUGUGAAGAAUUUGAAGGGCUUGGCCACCAUGGUUGAGAACUGUGAUGAUGAGUUUCUAAAGUUUGAUCUGGAAUACCAACAGGAUGUGACAGCAACUAAAAGAAAUGAAUUUGAGGAUUAUUUUUUGAAGCGAGAGUUGCUCAUGGGAAUAUAUGAGAAGGGUUUUGAAAGGCCUUCUCCUAUCCAAGAAGAAAGCAUUCCAAUUGCUCUUACUGGUAGUGACAUUCUUGCAAGGGCUAAAAAUGGGACAGGCAAAACAGCUGCAUUUUACAUUCCUGCAUUGGAAAAAAUUGACCAGAAACAAUCUAUUCUGGCAUAGUCCAAAUUGUAUUGCUCUCACGCCUGUGGAACAAUUUUGUUAAUAGUGUCUACUUAG